CGAGGGGCGUGGCCGCGCGACUUGGCUCUUGGUUCCGCCAUGGCGGUGGCACCCGGUGCUGUUCACUUGCAGCGUUGUGUGGUGUCGCCGGCCGGGAGACAUACCGCUUCGCUGAUUUUCCUGCACGGCUCAGGUCAUUCUGGCCAAGGACAGAGAGAGUGGAUCAGCAAUGUGCUAAACCAGGACUUAACAUUCCAGCACAUAAAGAUUAUUUACCCAACGGCCCCCUCCAGCAGUGUCCUUGGCAGGGAAAAGUGGUGGCAUGUACCUGUCCUCAAGCACCACGAUGGCCUGGCAGACACUGGGGAGACCGUUGGUUAUGCUGCACUUUCCCUUGUGGUUUCAGAAGAGAAGUGCAAGAAAGCAGGCCAUAUACUCCUAUGAAGGGAGGGCUCUCCAAUGUGUGGUUUGACAGAUUUAAAAUAUCUAAUGACUGCCCGGAACACCUUGAGUCAAUUGAUAGAAUGUGUCAAGUGCUCACUGAAUUGAUUGAUGAUGAAGUAAAAAAUGGCAUCCAGAAGAGCAGGAUAUUAGUAGGGGGAUUUUCUAUGGGAGGCUGCAUGGCGCUACAUCUUGCAUAUAGAAAUCACCGAGAUGUGGCAGGAGUAUUUGCUCUUUCUAGUUUUCUGAAUAAAGAGUCUGCUGUUUACAAGGAUCUCCAGCAAAGUGACGGCACACUGCCUGAGCUUUUUCAGUGUCAUGGAACUGCAGACGACCUGGUACUUCACUCUUGGGGCAAGGAGACAAACUCAAACCUGAAAUCUCUAGGAGUGAGCACAGUGUUUCACAGUUUUCCAACUCUUUACCAUGAACUGAACAGAACUGAGCUGGAGAGGCUGAAGUCGUGGAUUCUUACAAAGCUCCCAGGAGAGAUUGAUGGCCAGAAUAAAUGAAUCCUCACCGGCAUACUGAUUAUAUUAUCUUACAUUUAAGAAAUUUUUUCCUUAUUUGAUCCUCACAAAAAUUAUCAUGGUGACACAGCCAACACUCCCAUAAUACAUGAAUGGAAUUUAUAAUAAUCUGUUUUCAUUCAACAAAAUUGUCUUGAGAAUUAUCAUGUUGUAAAUGCCAACUGUUUAUUUUGUGGCUGCAUAGAUGUCAUUUUAUGGACAUACUGAAAUUUGCUGAUACAUUUUCGACAGGUUUGGGUCACUUCCUGUGUGGGGCUGUCAUAAGCAUUCACCCUCACAACAGAGACUCGGCUGGGUGGUGUACUGUAUUGUUACCUGAAGCUAUCUAGCUGUUUGUGAAUGUACUUUUACAGUUUUCCAUUCCAGUCAGUGUGAUAGCCCCUGCUGCCCAGUUCUUUACCAUACUUUCGUUGUGACCGUUCUAGUGGCUGCAUAGUGUUUGAGUUCCAUAGUGUUUCGUUUCUGUUAUGCAGGUUGGAUUUCCAUUUUCUUGGUGCCAGUAAUGUGAUACAUAGUCCUACACUGGGGGAUUUUCCCACAUUUAUGAAGAAUCAGUUUAUCCUCUCCAAUUUGUUUCCAGAUUGUCUUUGUGAAAAGUGGUUUACUGUCAAAUUAUAAAGACAAAUAAAAUAUGAAUAAAUAAUU